AUGACAAAGAAGUUCGAGUUCAAUUGGCAAAUCGAAGUGCCGGCGUUGUUGAAGAACGGUUCGACGUUCGAUCGAUGGUUUGAAGACAAAGAAACAACCGAAUAUGAACCUAAUUGUUUAUUUAAAGUCGAUGAAUACGGGUUCUUUAUUUAUUGGAAGAGCGAGGGCAAGGAUGGGGAUGUGAUAGAGUUAGCUCAAGUGAGCGAUAUUCGUUACGGCGGUACGCCAAAGGAUCCCAAAUUGUGUAAUAAGAUAGGCAAACAUGGGUCGAUGGAUGAUAUAGAUCAAAAAAGUUUAACUAUAUGUUCGGGUAUCGAUUAUACCAACAUUCAUUAUCAACACGUUAUAUGUGCGGACGCACAAACAGCAAAGGAUUGGCAAGCUGGUUUGCGAUUAAUUACGCACAAUACGAAAGCUUCGAACGUUUGCCCUACGACUCAACUGAUGAAACAUUGGAUGAGAUUGAGCUUUCAAGUGGAUCCUAAAGGAAAAGUGCCGGUGAAAGUUAUAUCGAAAACCUUCGCCUCUGGGAAAACUGAGAAACUCGUUUAUCAAGGGUUAGCUGACUUGGGUUUGCCUAGUGGAAAAAGCGAUAAAAUAGAACCGAAAGAUUUUACGUUCGAUAAAUUCAAAACUUUAUACUUCAAAAUUUGUCCAAGGAACGAUAUAGAAGAAUUAUUUCAGUCGAUAACAAAAGGACAAUCAGACACGAUCAACUUGGGCCAAUUAGUGCAAUUUAUGAACGAGAAACAGAGAGACCCCAGGCUUAAUGAAAUUUUAUACCCCCUUUAUGAUGAGAAACGAUGCACGGAAAUAAUUAAUGAUUAUGAACAGGAUGAGAAAGCAAAGAGUUCAAAGUGUUUGACCAAAGAUGGGUUCAUUCGUUAUUUAAUGUCCGACGAAAACGCACCCGUAUUUCUCGACAAAUUAGAAGAAUGGAUGGACAUGGAUCAACCCUUGGCCCAUUACUAUAUUAAUUCGAGCCAUAACACGUAUUUGAGUGGCAGACAAAUCGGUGGUAAAAGCACCGUCGAGAUGUACAGACAAGUAUUAUUAGCUGGUUGUAGAUGCGUGGAGCUCGAUUGUUGGGACGGAAAAGGAGAAGAUGAGGAGCCAAUUAUAACCCACGGCAAAGCCAUGUGUACCGAUAUCCUUUUUAAGGAUGUUAUAUACGCUCUGAGGGAUACAGCAUUUGUUACAUCAGAGUAUCCAAUAAUUUUGAGUUUCGAGAACCAUUGUUGCCUGAAACAACAAUACAAAUUAGCCAAAUAUUGUGAUGAAAUUUUGGGUGACCUGUUGCUAAAGGAACCCAUCAAGGAUUAUCCCCUUGAACCUGGACAUCCGCUUCCACCGCCGAGCGCACUGAAACGAAAGAUAUUAAUCAAGAAUAAAAGAUUGAAGCCAGAGGUGGAGAAAGUUGAGCUCGAGUUAUUCCGUUCUGGACAAUUUGAGGCUAAGGACGAAGUUGUUGAAGAUCCAAAUGCACCACCUGCUCCUCCGCCACCGGAACCGGCAAAGGAAGAAGCGCCAGCGGAAGGAGCUCCACCAGGUGAACCAGGUGCCGAAGGUGAAGCACCUCCGAUACAGUACACCGGCAGCACUAUGGCGUGUCACCCAUGGCUUUCCUCCAUGAUUAAUUAUGCACAACCUGUAAAAUUUCAAAGCUUUGAAACUGCGGAAAAAAAGAAUAUACAUCACAAUAUGUCCUCGUUUUCGGAGACUGCUGCACUUAACUACCUAAAAACUAAUGCAGUGGAGUUUGUUAAUUAUAACAAACGUCAGAUGAGCCGAAUUUACCCGAAAGGUACCAGGGCUGACUCGUCUAAUUAUAUGCCGCAGGUUUUCUGGAACGCUGGUUGUCAGAUGGUAGCGUUGAAUUUUCAAACACCCGAUUUACCGAUGCAACUGAAUCAAGGAAAAUUCGAGUAUAAUGCGACGACAGGAUAUUUAUUAAAACCAGAUUUCAUGAGAAGACCAGACAGAAGUUUCGAUCCAUUUUCUGAGGAUGUGGAUGGUGUAAUUACUGCACAGUGUUCCGUCCAAGUAAUAGCAGGACAAUUCUUGUCUGACAAGAAAGUAGGCACUUACGUUGAAGUAGAUAUGUACGGUUUACCAGCAGACACUAUUAAGAAAGAAUUUCGAACACGAAUGGUCCCCGGAAACGGAUUGAAUCCAGUUUACAACGAGGAACCAUUCCUCUUUCGAAAAGUUGUGCUUCCGGAUUUGGCUGUUCUUAGAUUUGGCGUGUACGAAGAAAGCGGGAAAUUAUUAGGUCAACGUAUCCUGCCCCUGGACGGUCUUCAAGCUGGAUACCGACACAUUUCAUUGAAGACAGAAGCGAAUUUCCCUAUGGCCUUACCCAUGUUAUUCUGUAACAUAGAACUGAAAAUUUACGUGCCCGAUGGAUUCGAAGACUUCAUGGCUGCCCUGUCUGACCCGGGUGCAUUCAGCAAGGGAGCGGAAAAACAAGCAGAGACUAUGAAAGGACUUGGAAUCGAGCAAACCGAUGCGAAAGCCGAGGCGAAGAAGAAGAAGGAAGAAGAAGCUAAAAAGGAGGAAUAUAAACCAGAGCCAAUUACCGUGGACUCAUUGCGCAAAGAAAAAGCCUACAAGCAAGGAAAGAAGCAACAGAAGGAGCUCGAAACAAUGAGGAAAAAGCACUUAAAAGAACGGCAAACAAUGCAGAAAAAUCACUGUGCUGCCAUUGAUAAACUGGUGAAAGGAAAAGAUAAAAAUGCCUUGCUCCAAGAUGCAAACGUGAAGAAAGUUAUAAGCGAACAAACCGCACAAUGGUCAGCCAUGGUAGAAAGACACAGGAAGGAAGAAUGGGAGAUGCUGAAGAACCACACAGAAAGUGGUCGAGAGGAGUUCAAGAAGCUAAUUGAAGUCGUGCAGGCUUCGCAAGUUAAACAGUUACAGGCAAAACACGACAAAGACAUUAAAGAAAUGAACACUAAUCAAGCAAAAGUGUCGGUGGAAACGGCAAAAGAGGUAAUGAACGAUAAAGCGUUGAAAACAAAAGGAGAUAAAGAUCGUCGUCUCCGCGAAAAGAAAGAACAAAAUACGAAAAAAUUCUUACAAGAAAGGAAAAACGUACAGAUCAAACAAGGACGUGAAAAGGAAAAACUGAAAGUUACUCACGAGAAACAAGUUGCUGAAUUGGAUGGCGAAAUUGACGCGGCUAUUGAAAUGUACAAGAAUGAAGCUAUUCAAUACGACUUGUCAUCUAAAACAGAAUUUUUUGUGUAAAUUACACAUCUUUUCUACAAAAAAGGAAUGAUUGAUGGUUAAUUUAAAAUGAUAUAUUUUCUUUUAUAUCUUGUUACUGUAUUUAGAGUCUGUUUAAUUGUUUUUCAUUUUUUUGAUACACUACCUCUUGUUAAGAUAUCUUUAACUAUUAUGUAUUUAUACAGAUGUUUAUAUUUCACAUAACUUGUUUGAUACUCCUUUAUAAACUUUAACAAUAUAUUCCAGUAUGUGUGUGUAUGGAAUGAAUCUAUGUAUG